UUGAUUGAAGAAGGCCCUAUAUGGGUUGAAGCAAUCACCUAGAGCAUGGUUUGGUAGAUUUUCCAAGGCUAUGUUGGGGUUUGGAUAUAAACAGAGCCAUGCAGAUCAUACUAUGUUCAUCAAAGGAGGAGCUGGUAAGAUUGCUGUCCUUAUUGUGUAUGUUGAUGAUAUAAUAAUGACAGGCAAUGAUGUGAAUGAAAUUCUUAAUCUCAAAUCUAGUCUGGCUCAAGAAUUUGAGAUUAAGAAUUUGGGAUCACUAAGAUAUUUUCUUGGCAUGAAAGUAGCAAGGUCUGAUAGAGGUAUUUUUAUCUCCCAACGGAAGUAUAUACUUGAUCUUUUGGAAGAAACAGGUAUGUUGGGCUGUAGACCUGCAGAUUCUCCUAUUGAGGCGAAUCAUCAUCUUAGUGGCAAUGGUGGGGGGUGCACAGACAAGGAGAGAUAUCAGCGACUUGUGGGUCGACUGAUAUACUUAGCUCACACUCGACCAGAUGUUACUUAUGCAGUGAGCGUUGUUAGUCAGUUUAUGCAUGAUCCUCGUGCUUCGCAUCUGGAUGCAGUUUAUCGUAUCUUGAGGUACCUCAAAUCAGCUCCAGGAAAGGGAAUUUUGUUCUCUAAUCAUGGUCACCUGCGAUUGGAGACAUUUACUGAUGCUGACUGGGCUGGUUCUGUGGAUGAUAGACGCUCUACUUCUGGUUAUUGUACUUUCAUUGGGGGAAAUUUGGUUACUUGGCGAAGUAAGAAGCAAUCAGUGGUCGCCAGGUCUAGUGCAGAAGCUGAGUACAGAGCUAUGGCUCAUGGUGUUUGUGAGCUCUUGUGGCUUCAAACCGUGUUACGUGAUUUGGGAAUUACUGAUAAUGGUCCUAUGAAACUCUACUGUGACAAUAAAGCUGCCAUCAACAUUGCUCAUAAUCCUGUUCAAUAUGACAGAACGAAGCAUAGAGAGAUUGACAGGCACUUUAUCAAGGAGAAGCUGAGCGCAGGUUUGAUAUGUAUGCCUUUUGUGAGAUCUGAAGAUCAACUGGCUGGCAUAUUUACAAAAGGGCUUGGUAGCAAGAGUUUCCACCCCAUUGUGUUCAAGUUGGGUUUGAUUGAUAUAUUCGCACCAACUUAAGGGGGAGUGUUAAGUUAUGGGUUUAUAUGUAAUUAGUUAUAGUUUACAUUUAAUCUCUUAUGUAAGUAGAUUAGGAGAUGAG